UCCCGGAAAGCCGUACAGUUAUAAAGUCCAGCGUCCAGUUGUGAGAGAUGAGAAUAAACCUAGUUAAAUAAAUGCCAAAAAAUCCCAAACGAUGAACAAGAACAGCGUCUCGGUCUCUCAGACCAUCUGGAGAGUGUGUAAUCUAUUCAUGUCAGUGUUUUUCUCGCUGGCGACUUACGUGCAGAUAAAUGAUCCAGAUGCUGCUCUGUGGAUGGUUGGCUAUGCUAUUCCAGCUGUAUUGUGCUUUUUGAUUUUCUGUCAACAACAAAUAACAGAGUCGUUAUUGUGGAGGAGAAUCGCUGAUCUGCAUGUUCUUGUGGCCUCUAUGUUUGGGGCCAUUCUGGCCUGGAAACUUUAUAAAGAGGGAAUUACAGACAUUUUCCAGCAAGAGGAGGGAAGGGAAUGUUGCGGACUCCUGCUGACUGUUUUCUGGCUGCUGUUAUGCAGACAUUCAGGACGGAGCUCUACUAUCAGCUCUGUGAGGAUGUUCACUGCUGUGGGAAUCAGUGUGUUCCCCUUCAUCACGUGGCUCUAUUACUACAUGAACAAAGAGCUGAGGAAACACUGGCCUGAACACUGCACCACUGCUCUCUGAUCAGCUCAACGCUUAACAAAUGAAGUCUGAGCUCUCCAUCAGCACUUAAACUUGACGGAAGUUCAAUCCUGUCUAAGGAAACUGAUAAUACGAGACAAUCAGCAGAUGUUGAACUUAAUGAAAUAUUUAGGACUACAAACAUGACACUUUAAAGCCAGCGCAGACGUCGUGACACUAUUAUCGCCUGAAACAAAUAAUGUAAAUGUGUACAAUAUAUUAAUCCAUUAAAAAGAUGAUAUAAUGAAGGAUUUGAGAAGGAAUAUUUAAGUAUAAAUCAUGAUGGGUUUACAGUAAGUGACCCAGAAGUGAACAUCUUCAGAUUUUAA